CAAAAAUGUGCCUGCGCCUUUAAGAAACACGACACAGGAAGAAAGUGAAAGUUAAAUUCUUUCUUGCGAAAACAACCAAACGCAUACUUCACUUCUCUUUUUGCUUUACAGACCCCAGCACACAAAUGGCCUCCAGCCUCAAUCUCUUAUCUGAGGAGCAGCUUCUUUGUCCAAUAUGCCUGGACACGCUCAAUAAACCAGUUUCCACUCCGUGUGGACACAACUUCUGUUUAUCCUGUCUCACAUCCUACUGGAACAACGAAACAGUCUGUCAGUGCCCGGUCUGUAAGGAAACGUUUGAAAGGAGACCCAAUCUCAAGGUCAACACUUUCAUUUCAGAGCUUGCAUCGCAGUUCAUGUUGCUUCAAGCGACAGAUGCUCACAUCUGGAGCCCCGACCAGCUGAAGAUUACGUCUGGCAGCGUAGUGCUGUGUGAUAUUUGUACUGACACCCGGCAAGAGGCUGUCAAAUCCUGCCUGGAGUGUCUGACUUCGUACUGCAAUGUUCAUGUAGAGCCUCAUCACAGAGCUGCCGGACUGAAGAGACACACGCUGGUUGACCCUCUGGCAAGUCUGGAGGACAAGAUCUGCAAGGAACAUAACCAGCUCCUGACAUUGUUUUGUAGAAACGACAAAGUUUUGCUUUGUGGCAUCUGUGCCAGUUCGCACCACGCGAGCCAUGGUGUUGUUCUUGUGCAGCGAGCGUACCAAGAGAUGAAAGAUCUGCUGGGAGACGCAGAGGCAAUAGUGCAGCAGAUGAUCCAGGAAAGGCAACAGAAGGUGCAAGCCAUGAAGGAGUCAGUAAAACAAAGCAAGAGAGAAACCAAAGAUGUGAUAGCAAACGCUGUGCAGGAGUUAACAGCGCUGGUGUCUGAGGUGCAGAAGAGUCAGACGAAGUUUGUAAAAGUGAUCGAGGAGAAGCAAAAAGCAGAAGAAGAAGAAGUGGAUGGUUUUAUUGGCAACAUCAAGCAGGAGCUCACUGAGCUGCAGAGGACAACUGUGAAGCUGAGGGAGCUAAAAGAGACCAAAGACCAGUUCGCCUUCCUCCAGAACUUCCCACACCCAUCCCUCCUUCCACACGUCAGGGACUUGUCCAGUUUCAGGUUUAACAGACACCUGGAGAUACAGCACAUACAGAAAUCUCUGAGCAGCUGCGUGUCUCAACUGCAGUCGUUACUGAAUAAAUUCAACACAGAGGUAAAUGAAUCCUAUGUGUCAAACGUUGCCACGCUGAGGUACCUUCAGCAGUAUGACGUGAACAUUUUGCUGGACCCUGAUACAGCUCACCCUCUGCUCAUUUUAUCUGAGGAUAGGAAACAGGUUAGAUACAGCAUGGGCUCAGGUUUGUGGGCAAACCAGAACAUGAACCCAAACACGUUCACUGAACAUCUCGCAGUUCUGGGACAAAGAGGCUUCUUGUCACGUAAGUUUUACUUUGAGGUGUCUGUGGGCCAAAAGACUGAGUGGUGUCUGGGUGUGGCCACAGCUUCAGUCCAGAGGAGAGGGGCGCUCGUUCGGAGCCCUAACAGUGGACUCUGGGCCAUCUGGUUUCUGGAGGAUAAGUUUGAAACCUUCUGUUGUCCGGGCAUGACGGUAUUCUUGGGAAAAGUGGAGAAGGUCGGAGUGUUUGUGGAUUAUGACGGAGGUCAGAUAUCAUUCUAUGAUGUACAGACUGCCACACUUAUUUACUCAUUUACUGAGUGCAUCUUCUUUGAGGAGCUUUAUCCAUAUUUAAAUCCUUGUGAUAAUGAAUAUGGUUCAAACUUGGAUCCAAUGGUGAUUGUUCCUGUCAGCCAUAUGGAGUGAACAACUGCUGCGUUUGAUUUCAAAAGCAGCUUCAACUCAAUGACAACUUUUUUGGUCGGACAGCUUUUUGUAAUCAUUAAAUAUGUAAAAGCAUUGAUGGAGAAGAUCCGUCUUCAUUUGCUGAUUAUGUGUGUGCACCUUAAAUCAUAUAUUUUUUCUGCUGUAUUUGGGUGCAAAUACAGCAGAAAAUCCAGUUAAAAUCCAGUUAACGUGAUUUUACAAAGUGCUCCUCCGGUCUGGAGUUUGGAACUGGCCCAUCCAGCUCAUUAUGAGACUUUUCACUGAAGACAUUUUUACAAAUAAAUAAAUAAAUA